UCAGAGAGGGUCUGCAGAGAGAUCAUAUUACAGGAAGCCUCUGCCCUCAAAAAACACAUACACAGCACUGGGCUGGAGUGGACACACUCACUUGGUUACUGGAAAAGCAGAUUCAACAAAAUGUCUGGAAACCUUCUAAAAAAUCCUAAUGGAAAUGACGGUCUGGAGCACUGGGAGUUGACCGAGAAUGGAGGCGACGAGUGGCGGACCGAGGACAUGCCGGGGGACUGCGGAUACACUCACAACGAUGAAUCGAUCACUAAAUUCUUCACCACCUCUUAUGAGCUGUGUCUAAAAAGACAAGUGAUCGACUUGCUGGAAGAGGGUUACGACCCUGAAAAUUUAGAUAUUGCACAGCCAGCUGUCAAUGUGGAGGACUGGUGCAGUGGCCGGACAGACUGUGGGAGCAUUUAUAAACUCACUGUGACCCUACUUGAUGAAAACCAAGAGGUCAUUCAGGAAUUUAUGCCGGAUGAAGUGACCCUUGACCCUGACUGUGACAACUGCUCUUGGAGAAAGGUGAGCCACACGUUCACAGACUACGGCCCGGGCCUACGCUUCAUCUCUUUUGAACAUGGCGGUCAAGACACCAAGUAUUGGCAGGGCUGGUUUGGAGUGAGAGUUACUGGGAGCUCUGUUACCAUAGACCUCUAAACACUAAUGUAUGUAGACAAAAAUAUAUGAUAUAAAUUUAAAUAUAGUAUAAAUUUAUGAUCAAUUGGCCAAAAAAAAAAAAAAAUUCUUGCAACUUGCUUUUAUUUUUGCACAUGCUGUACUAAGUGUAAUACUAAUAGCUUAAGGAUAAACUAGUAAUGCUAAGAAUAAAAAAAAAAACCCAUCUAAUUUUUUACUUUAGAGUAACAUUCUGCUCAACCACUAACUACCUCUAUAUGCUCCUGCAAGAUACAUAGAGUUAUCUUGGAUUAACAAUGCGCUUCUAAGAGAAUCUAUAUGCAAUUAGCAUCUUCUAAUGUGGUAUAAAAUCCAAAUAGGUCUUAAUCAUGCUCACUCCACAUAAAAAAAAUGAUAAUAAAUAAAUGACAAAACAUUA